AUGGCUGAAUAUCGAACAGUGAAGACUAUGCACAGACGACAGGAAUCGGGGUUUUCUGGCAAUAAGAUGAACUGAAGUGUUCAUAACGUUCACAAUACGAAAACUUAUUACCAGAAAUUCGCAUAACACCAAUACUAAAUGAUCCCCUUUGAUUGCCUGUAGGAUGCCGAGUACCGACCUAUACCUUCGAAGCCCUUCAAGGACACGCCCUAGUUUUACGUGCCUUUUGUCUUUGUAGUAACGUAAAUACGUUCAUAAUCACGCACGUCGCGGAGUUACUCCGCAGUAAAGGUUAAUGUUGAGUAACGUUGGUCAAGGAACAUAUACGGAGUAAUUUACUAAUUACUAACCAUAGCAAAUAUUCUGUUAAGUUAAUUGCUUUAUCAAUGUUUAACUUACUAGUGUACAUAUAUGUGCAUGUUUAUAUAGAAUGUCAUACAGCGGUAGGUAUUUUACAUGACAACUACAACUGUGGCACACUGACCUCCGUGUUUCUCUGAUAAACAUCAUUAUAGUUGUCGUUAGAUACACUAUUUAUAUAUUUAACAUUAUCGUGUUCUUAAUUAGUCUGUCCACGCUAUAAAAUAUAUUAACAUUGUAACAUAUUUACAACAGUAACUCAUAGUAAAAAAGAAAGAGACCGGUUCAGUCAGGUGCAAGUUAAAUAGCACUACAUCUAUUCGCAUAAUAUUCAAACUGCAAAAUAAUUUAUAUUAUAUCGUAAGAUACACAGCAGUAAAGAAUAUUCCAAAUCUUAAGGCACCAUUACACUUUAAUUUAUGUUUUAAUAAAAGGAUGAGCAAUCAUUUUUAAAAAGUAAACUGUAAAUUUAAAGCAUUUGGAACUUUAUCAUUUUCUAAUGGUCAGCAUAUUAUAGUUAUUCUUAUUGAAGGCACACAACAUUUUCUGAUAUAAAAACGGCGCUGUAUCUUUUAUAACACUAGAAAUGUGAGGAAAAGACAGUAUUGUACAUUUGUAGUAAAGUGAUAUUAAAUAGAUCAGCAUUGCUUCCUUUCCUGAACGUGAUUAUCUUUAUACAGAAAACCAAAUCAAUCUUACAUCAGAUUUUGUUGUCCGAAACGAAGGUGAAAGUUUUUUUUUAUAAGAAAGGCGUUUUUUAAUCAUAAAAAACACACACAUACACAAAGAAAAAAAAAACAAAACAAAAACGACACAAAAAAACAACUAAAAAGACAACGAAGCUAUGCCACAAACGCUUCGAUUUUUGAAUUCUUGAAACACAGAUUAAAAAGCAUCCACUUCUCUAACAUCAGUUGGUUUUAAUCAGAGAUAAAAAAAUAUAUGAAAUGAUUUUAAAAAGAAUAGUACGGUUUGUUUCCUUUUGCCGAACAAAUUUAAAAUUUAUUCUGUUUCAAAUGCAAAAUUGUUACGCAAUUUCAACCUUUCAAAUAUUCAAUUUAGAACGAUUUUAUUUAAUAAUUAAGGCUUAACUAAAAUGUUUUGCAAUUAUUACAAAUCUAUAAAAAUGGUUAUCAUUUGUCUAUUAUAUGUGCCUUAUUUUACACUUAAAUAAAAAAGUACAUGCACAUCUAAAUGACAUGGCACAAAACUUCAAGCUUUGAUGACAUGAUUUAUAUAGUUACAAUCCAUGUAUCUUGUUGUUAUGUAGUAAGUUAAUUCAUUAUCAAACAAAUAUAUUGACGUUAAAAAUUGACGAGAACUAGAACAACUGUACAAUGGAAAACAAUGUACAAUAUAAAGAACUACUUACAUGUACAUCUGUGUAGGCUAACGCGCGCGCGCGACCCUGUCAGAACACGUGUUCAUCGAUCAUGCAUGGUGACCAUUUAAAGAACAAGGUCAAAAGGAACUAGGUAGGCAUACAUUUCCCGGACACCACAGUGGCAGAAAAUGUUUUCGUCAGUGAUAGCAGUUCUGCUUGUCUUCGUUCCUGGAUCCUUACAGUUAGACAAACACAAUCAUAAUCACGACAAUGUCGACCCAGAUUUUGGAAUUGGAGGAACUGGCGGAAUACCGGUUCCAAUGGAUCCCGGUUAUAUCAAAGGAGGUCCUGUAAAUAUUGGUCAAGAUUUUGGAAUGACCGGCUUAGGAGGUGAUGGUGGUGAAUUCAAUAGUAUGCUGAACGGAAACAACGGGUUUGUGAAAGGAGGAUCUGGGGGCGGGUUUAUUGGCAAUGGUCUGGGAAAUAAUGACGCUGGCUUUAUGAAUGGUGGAAGUGGGGGAAUUGUCAACGAUGGGAUGGCAUUAAAUGGCGGAGACGGAUUCCUUAACGGUGGGACAGGGGGUGUGGUUAAUAACGGAGGCGGGUUUGACAACGGGGGUAGUUUCAUUAGCAAUGGCGGAGGGGGCAGGUUUUCUAAAGGGGGUGGAGUUCUGAAUAACGGAAUAGGAUUUGACGGUGGAAUGGGCGGUGGAUACGAUACGUUUUCUAAUAAUGGAGGAGUUGGUGGAUUUGAAAAUGGAGGUGGAUUUACAGAUAACGGGGGCGGAUAUAUGGAUAAAUGGGGGUGGAUUUACAGAUAACGGGGGCGGUUAUAUGGAUAAUGGGGGUGGAUUUACAGAUAACGGAGGCGGAUAUAUGAACAAUGGGGGUGGAUUUACAGAUAACGGGGGCGGAUAUGUGGGAAUGAACAAUGAUGGUGGAUAUAUGAACAAUGGUGGCAUCGGAGGAAUAGAUGGUGGGGUAGGAGGUAACGCAGGUUACGGUAGUUAUAUUGCAAACGGAGGUGGCAGUAUUGGUGGAGGUUAUCCUGGUAAGAAACUCCGUGGAUUCUCCAGCAUACCACCCCGUUCAGUUGGUGGUGUUGGUGGCACAUCUAUAGCAGGACCGACAAGAGUUGGGGCAAUAGGCUCGGCUGACAGGGUCGUUGGGAUGAAACGAGGCUACACUAAACAUAGCUCACAUAUUACCACUGUGGUCCGACCAAUCGUUAGACCAGUAAUACGGCCAGUUGUCAGACCAGUUAUUCAACGUGUUGUACGACCAAUUAUCAAGCGUCCAGUAAUAAACCGUGUUGUUCGUCCAAUUUACCGUCCAGUAAUAAAUCGUGUUGUACGUCCUAUAAUAAGACGACCAAUCAUAAACCGGAUAGUGAGACCAAUAGUGAACCGUAUAGUACGUCCUAUCAUACGCCGUGUUGUCCAGCCGAGAGGAGAUUCUGGUCUAGGCGGUCUGGCAGGCAACUCGGGAUACCCUAGCUUGGGAAAAAGCGGUCUGGCAGGCAACUCGGGCUACCCUAGCAUGGGAAACAGCGGGAUUGGCGGCAUGUCACAAUCUAUGUAUAAACCAAGAUUACGAAAACCUCACAAAUAUUAUUAAAUUCUCUGUCUGUUCUUUCACAAUCUUCAUUAUUUUGUAGAGUAGAUUUAUGUAAUUUACUAUUGUUGUUUUUAGACUAGUUUUUGUCAAUAGGAAAAGUAGUGUCUUUUGUAAGAUUGUAUUCAUUUUAUAAUACAUGAAAUAAAAAUUCCCGUAUAUUGUACGUGAUAGAAAAUAAGUUUAUAGUAAGAUAUAGUGUGAUUUAUACUAUUAAAUGUUCUGAGAUCCUUAACUUACAACCUGACCUUUCAAUUUUUAUUGGAAUUUUAAUCAUUAUGGCAAAAACUGGUCAUAUACCAAUAUCCAUACACGUGAUUAACAUCCUGUGGUCAGAUUCACAAAACUCUUGAGUUUGAUGAAGAUAAUCAGAUAGGAUGGGAACAAGAUAUUUUUUAUAAUGCUUCUAUAAAACAAAUUGUAUGGUUAACAUUGAAAGUUUUUUUUCUCACUCCUACCUUUGACAUAUUUCAUUGUUCUUUCUUAUCAAGAAACAGCGCACGUGCCGAAUGAUUGACAGCUAACACUGUCAUGACAACUUGUACAGCGUCAUGUUUUCUCUUUUCUUACAAAUUUUUGUUAGAUCUUAAAAAUCAUCACAUAACUAUUUACCAUAAAAAACCUGAAAUAUUUUAUUUUUUAUCCUGUUUUGUUUUUGUUACGAAAAAGUUUCUAAUGCCUUUUGCUUUAUUACAGAUUUCCUUUAUUCAAUAUGACUUGUUGUUUGACAGAUUUUAGAUAUUUAGUAAUGUUACGUAGAUAUCUCAUCGCCAUUUUUAAAAUACGUUUAAAUUCAACAAACUAUCAUUUUUUGUAUAUAUUUUGCUCAUGUUCACAGAAAUGCUUCAUUGAUCUUUGAAAUCACGGAGUUUUACGAAAUAUACCGAAUUGACACGAGUUUUUGUGACGGAUGCAAUACAUUUAUUAGUACUUAGCGGAGAUAGAAUGUACGUAGAUCUCAAUAAAUCACUAGCUCUGUUGACAAAUUUUGUUUUUAUAUGUUAAAUGAUAAUAAUCUAAUUACCAAUCAAGACUUAUGUUGGAUUCUCUUAUCUGUAUAAAGGUCAGUUCAUGAUAACACGUGCUGAUUUCAGACAUAAGAAGUGAAAAGGUGAUCUCUUCUCGUUCAAUUUUCGUACAGAUAAAGAGCCAGACCUAAAAAGACCCAUUGAAGGUCUCUCACCACCCUGAAUUUGUUACCGUUUUACUCAUUUUGAUACAAAUUAAAAAAAAAGACAAAAAAACCCAAAACAAACAAAAAGACAAACAAAGAAAAACGGAUCAAACAGCUCAUUAGGAGUGACGCAGGACACCGUGUAUAUCCAGUAACGCAGAAAUGUGCAAAUAACGCAGGUAACGCAGAAUUGUGCAAUUUGGCACCUUGAUAAGUAAAUGGACCAAUAUUGUUUACUGUACACCUAAUUGGAAGAAAUGAAUUACCGCAUACGGAUACUUUAAACUUCAUCAAAAAUAUUUUCAUGAAAAUGUUUAUUUUUCAAGAUCAUUCGUGAAAAUUAUUACCUUGAUGCCGAUUUUUAGUUUCGUUGAUAUCUUGAAAUACAAUAACGUACAUGUACAUAUUACUUUACGAUCUUUUAAUGCGCUGUACCUAAAAUAUUUUCCAAUCUAUUCGUGUCAUAUUACAUUUAAUUUAGCAGAUUAAACGUAAUUGAUACCAUUUUUACGAGGUAACGCCGAAUUCGUGAAUGAAGCACUGAAACAACGGCGGUUAUCUCAUUAAAUGUAGGUAAAUUUUAUUUUACCAGCUUCCUUCUAUUGUCACCUUCAAAACGGUAAUCAGGUUGUCUUUCUCGCGAAUGAUCUAAAGAAGUAAACAUAUUCCUGAAAAAAAUAAUGUAAUGCUGGUUAAAGUAGAAUGUCGUAGCAGCCGUAUGCGCUGAUUCAUUUCUAAUAUUCGUUAAAUUUGAUUUAGAUUGAAAUAUUUUGGUUCGUUUCCUUACUGUGUUAUUCAUUUUUGGAAUAGCGUUGUACAGAUACGGCGUAAAUUUUACGUUAUUUGCACAUUCCUGCGUUACUGGAUAUGCACGGUGUAGACGCAACAGUCUGUAAUGUUUAAAUAAAUGGUUAAAUAAACGCUAUUGAGAACAGUUAAUGCGAAUUCUGAUUGUCAGAUGUAUUCAA